CAUUGCCCCUGUUAUCGCUAACGCAGGGCGGGGGAAGCUAGCCAGAAAGGAGGGAAAAGGAAGGUUUCAGAUAUCAACUCCGCUCCCACCCCUGGCUGUCUCUCAUACCUUUCUGCCUUCCCUUGAGAUAAUUAAAAUCGAGUGUAAACCGACCCUCGUUGGUACCCAUUCCCUUCUAACUCUCCACUCAACUAGGUUUGUAGUCUGAGGGAGUGAGGACUCUCACCAGCUCAAUCUCAGCCCCGCCCGAUCUGCCCUGGCCCAGGGCUGGGAAGAGAAGAUGCCUUCGGAGGCGCAGAAAGACAAUGAAAAGUUUGUGAACCCAAUAACAAGUACUCCAGCUAUGGAUCAACUCAUAAACAACUUGAAGGUCCAAUUUAAUUCUGAAAGUGACUUAACGCAGGUGCUCAAACAGGUCACUGACCCUGUUCAAAUCAGGGAUCCCAGUGAGACAGAAGAAAGAAAUAAUAUGACAUCUCCAUCAUUCCUGAGUGACAACCCCAUGGAGAACUCAGCACUGUUUAAUGACAUCAAUAUUGAGCCACCAGAAGAACUUCUGGCUAAUGAUUUUAGCUUGCCCCAGGUAGAGCCUGUUGACCUCUCCUUUCACAAGCCCAAGGCUCCACUCCAGCCUGCUAGCUUGCUGCAAGCUCCAGUGCAUCCGACUAAGCCACAGUCUGCUCCCCAGACCCUUUUGGUGUCCACUUCAACGUCUGAUACAAGCACUUCAACAAACAUCCCUAACGUUCUGACUCCAGGCUCUAUCCUGACCUCCUCUCAGGGCACUGGUGGCCAGCAGAUCUUACAUGUGAUUCACACUAUCCCAUCAGUCAGUCUGCAAAGUAAGAUGAGUGGCUUGAAGACCAUCCCUGUGGUGGUGCAGUCUUUGCCCAUGAUGUAUACUACUUUGCCUGCAGAAGGGGGCCCUGCAGCCAUUACAAUUCCACUCAUUGGAGGAGAUGGUAAAAAUGCUGGAUCAGUGAAAGUUGACCCUACCUCCAUGUCUCCACUGGAGAUUCCAAGUGACAGUGAGGAGAGUACAACUAAGAGUAGAUCCUCAGCCUUACAGAGUCUGCAGGGACUACAGCAAGAAUCAACAACAAUGGCCAAAAUGCAGGGAGAAGAGUCGCUUGACUUGAAGAGAAGACGGAUUCAUCAAUGUGACUUUGCCGGAUGCAGCAAAGUAUACACCAAAAGCUCUCAUCUGAAAGCUCACCACAGAAUCCAUACAGGAGAGAAGCCUUAUAAAUGCACCUGGGAUGGCUGCUCCUGGAAAUUCGCUCGCUCAGAUGAGCUCACCCGCCAUUUUCGCAAGCACACGGGCAUUAAGCCCUUCCGGUGUAGAGACUGCAACCGCAGCUUUUCUCGCUCUGACCACCUGUCCCUGCACCGCCGGCGCCAUGACAGCAUGUGAACAACAUAGGCCACACUAGAGAAGCUGUGCUGUUCUCUUUCCUGUGUGUGUGCUGAGGUCAAGACUAUUUUUUUCUAUUUGGCUUCAAUGUGUUUCUGGGAUGGAGUUGAGGCAGCCCUCUGAGCCAGGUGGAGGAGACUGGAGGAAAAGAUAGUUUGUCUCCCAUGGGGCUCUUAAUAUUCCUUCACCUCUCCACUCCCCACACUCCAGUUUUUUCAACCUCCACAUGGGUUGAAUUCUAGUGGGGCAUCCAUGGUUGCCCUCAUCCCCUCUUCUCUGAAAUAGGACAUUUUUUCCUUUAGUAACAGAACAAGAAUCAAACUCAAGGUUGUAAACAAACAUACACUGCUUUUUUUCUUUCCUAUUGUUUUCUCUUGUUUCUUGGAAGUCUUACCCAUAUGUAUUUUUAAUCACUACUAAAAAGUGGUUGAUAGUGUCCUAAAAUGACUUUUGUUCAAAAGCUCCUAGAUGACAGGGGCAUAACAAUGUAGUUUAUCGGUAAGAGUUACAGGGAUUUGAAUCCUGAGUAUAGGGCACAUUGUCAGUAAAUAAGCUGAGUUCCAUACCAAGCUCAAAGGUUUUAUAAAUCCAAUCCUAUUUUUUCUUAAAGUUUGGUUUUCAGACAGUGCUGGUGUUUCUGCUUCUUAAGUCCGUGAAAGAAAUGAAGGGGCCUUCUCAUCCUUGCCCUUCUCUUCUUCCUCUUCCUCCUUCACGGUUAAAGAUUUUGCUGCACCAUUAUAUUGUUUGAUAGGUUAAAUUUGAACAAAUACUCAAAGGACACAUAGACAUGUCAGUAGGGAGAAAAGUGUUCUAGGAGUAUGUUUGGGAGUGACGGGAACAAGCAGACCUGGGACAAUCCUGAGAACAAAUAGAAGGAGACUUUCACUUGGAUAGGAUAUCAAAAGUGCUUUAAAUUACAAACCUCACUCAAAUGGCAGCCUGUUGAGAUAAUGUCUUGAGGGGCUGCACUGUAUUAUUUAUUCUUUUGUUUACAUAACGUAACAGUUGAAUAUAUUGCAUGAUGAGAAUUCACGCAUUGGGGCCAUGUUAUACAGAAGCAAAGGAUUGGAAGGAAGGAAUUUUGUUCAUUCUAUGACAUUAUUUGCAUUCAUUCCUAUUUUUCAAAUUGAAUAUAAGAGGCUAUACCUGAAAACUGACACAUAAAAAGCAGUUGGAUAUAUUUUUUUUUUUGAGGAAAAGGAAAGAGAAGUUUAUUAAUUUGUCAGCAAAUGAGGAGAGCGGCAGACCAGCAUCCCAAAAGACCAUCAUCCUGACUGAGCAGAAAUACAGGAAGUUUAAAAGAAGGGUUUUCGGUGGUUGGGCUACACAACCCUGGUGAUCUUGUGUCCCUUAUCUGGGUGACUUUGUUGAGCUAUCUCCUGUGGUUUAAGAUACUAGAAAAGAAAUAGCAAAUAACAUUUUUUCUGCCCCUUUGAUUA